AUGACGAACCGCAUUCGCAUCCUCGCUCUGCCAGGUCACGGACAAAGCGCCGCGGUUCUCGAGGGGAAACUGAAGCGGCACAAGGAGAUUUGGGGGGAUGACUUCGAGGUUGUCACGAUGAAUCCGCCCUACCCUCUGGUCAGCGGAUCGGUCUCGCAUGGCACGACCGCUCAAGCAACAAACACAGAAUCAGAAUUACCGGCUUCGUUCUGCUGGUGGGACUGGUCAUCACAUCGGCGCUUCAAGCCGGGCGAAUUCGAGGGCGCCGCUCGUCACUUCCGCCGGUUCUACGAGGAGAACGGCCCGUUCGACGUCUGCCUCGGCUUCUCGCAAGGUGCGGCAAUGGCCGUCCUCAUCCUCGCACUAUUCGAACGACCCGAUCUGCAUCCCGUCUGGCUUGAAGGCCCGCAACAACCAGGCGUCGACUGGCCUCCCCAUCCGUUCAAGUGCGCCGUAUUGGCAUCAGCCUUCGGUCCUGGAGAUCCCGACUACGUCGCCUGGUACAAGAAGCAGCGACCGAUGACGCCCACGCUGCACAUCAUCGGAAAGAACGACGUCGUGGCGGAUCCUCAACAUUCUCUCGACUCGGCUGCGAGGUUUGCGAACGCCAAAAUCGUCUGGCACGACGGAGGCCACCACAUCCCGCGCAAGCCGUACUUCUCUCAACUCAUCAAGGACUUUAUCGUCUCCGCCUGCGACGCCCACGACUGGAUCGACAUGCCGACUCGCGAAGGAUGGGGCUCGCCGACAGAAUCGGUUGCGAGCAGCGCAGGAGGCGACAACCCGCUGGCGGGAACGCUCGAAGGCGACACCCCUUCCUCUCGUCUCUAA